CACAUCUGUAGAUACGCUACUAACAAAUUUAUAUUUCACACUUUUAAAAAACAUUAUUCUAAAAUCUAAAUUGUAUUAAGUAUUGCAUUAAUUUUUGUUAUUUUAUCUCAUUUCUGUGCCCACUCUGUUAAAACAAUGGCUGGAACAUCUUUACGUAAAUUUCUUUAUAAAGUGAUAGCAACGUUAAUUUAUGUAUGCGUUGUAUCAGCCAGUCCAGUCAAACGAUCAACUGCUGAAUUUUCUGGCCCAUGUUUUGCACUUAGUGAGGAGGGACCUUCAGAUCCAAGACCGCUGAAUGAGAGCCUUAUUGACUUAAAGGAAAGGACACAUGGACUCAGCCUGAAGGCCCAGCAGCUAAAGGAAUACCUCGCUGAAAGACAUCAAUAUUCUGACGUGACUGUGAACAAUCUUGAUGAUAUGAACUGGAUGGACAAAGAGGAAAUGCUUGCUACCGACGAACAAAAAGAAGCAGCAGUGUUAGAGCCAAUGGAAGCCUUAAAAUCACAUAUGCUCCUUCUUGCUGAGCACUUGUUGUAUGUCAGUCAAGCACGUACUGUGGGAGCUAUUUCUGAAAAGAAAAGUGAAGAGGAGACGAGGGGAAAACUUCUUGACUAUGCGACAGAGCUUGAAAGCUGCAUGUGUAGCCUAAAAAUAGCGUUGCUUUCUGGCGGGUACAACGGCAAUAGUUCGGUAUCAGAUGAAGUUCUAGAUUCAAACUUCACGGCCAGUAGUUCACCUCUACUAAAUGCAACUUACAGAACAUAUGUCACGAUGCAAGAUGCUGUUGAUCUGAUGGAGUUUCUGAAUACGAUAUAUGAUAAAAUUGAGUUAUCACUCGAUGAUACAGAGGCAUGAGCUCGCGAUCACCUUCUAGACACUAACGGUAACCAAACAGAAACAGUUCAAGAUCUUUCGAAUAGACAAAACAGAAACAAGUUGAGUUUAUAACGCUGGGAAAUUCUGUGUGGCGAAACUCCAGUAUGGUAUAUGUUUUUCCUAUAAAAUGUCUCAUUGAAAGUAAUCAGGGUAUAUUUCCCCUUUCAAACUUAACUUAAUGUCCUCAUGAUGGUGCCUGACUUUUUGUUUUUGUUUUAUUUAAGUGAUGUUGUUGUUGUUGUCUUUUUGGUUGUUUUAUGUUUGUUAUCUCAAAGAUCUGAAUCAAAAUACACUGCCAAACUCUUGCUGUGAUACUAUAUUGAGAUUGUAUAAUUUGAUAUGUUUUUAUGCUCUGCUUUGUUUUGUUCGAGAUCGCCUGUUUCAUUUCGUCUAGUACAAUUUCAUACUUGUUGCUGGAAUAACGUUUAUUCCUUAAAAUAAUAAUUGGACCACAUAGCAAAAUAUAUUAUGUAAAUAUUAACUAUCAGUAGACGAAUUUAUCUAAAUAAUGCCUGUAAUAUCGUUUAUUUGCACAAUGUCAAAUUAACACUUUUUUCAAUACAAUAUUCUGAAGUUAUUUUGAGCCGGCUUUUCAAGUGAAAAUCACUAUAAAAGAUUCAUAUUACUAUAAUUUAUGCAAUAUUUAUAUUUAAAUUUAUCAGUUUACAAUCUCAAGCAUUGCUGUGUAUAUUUGCUGCUAUAAAAUAUUGUAAUUACGAGUUCAUCACAAGUUGUAAAACUACGCACCUCAGGGUUAUAUAAUUUAUGUUUACACAUGGGGCUUUAUAUUUAUCGAGAUGCUCAGGAAAUGCAUUUUUUGUAUUUUUUAUAUUCUAUAUUUUAUGCUAUAUUGUUGUAUUGAUGAUUGGUAAAUUGCAUUAACGUUUUGGGCAUGUAAAUGAAAGUGUAUCUGCACUUCAUAUUUUGGUUGUUUAAAAUUAACAUUGUCUGUCUUGUCUACGUAGGGCAUUUUAGUUAAGUCACGUUUAGUUAUUUUAUAUAUCUUGGUAACAUAUAAGAGAGUGUUUUUACAUUCAGGCUGAUAUGCGCGACAGAUGAAGCAAUUACGAUUGACGUUUGCACAUAGCCUAUAUCAGUGCUUGUUUUAUCAUGCCAUAUUAAUUUUGAUUUCAUCAUAUUAUAUUGUAGUCAUUUUGACUGUUGGAUUUUUUGUCAUUUCAUUUUACUUCGUAAAUCCAGUUAGGUCAGAUUUUAAAAUAGAAAACUAGGUUACUUUUCAAAAUGAAAACUUAGUCGAUUUUGCAAUAUCAAAUAACGAUCUUUCGCUUUCGCUGAUUUAUUUGAUAUGUCUACAUUAAUCAUUCGAUUAUUUAAUGAGUAACAAUGAAAUCCAUUGAUUGUUUAAUACUCAAGUUGGAUUUGACAAUAACUAUAAUAAAUAGUAAACUCGUUUAAGAAUAUAGCAUAGCCGAGGGUGUCCAGUAUUUAAAGCCACGGAUAAAUGAUGGUUUAUUGUUGCUUUUGAAAUUCGCCAACUUUAUUAUGACACAACUAAAUGUGUAUUAAACUAAAAUUAUUAAUGUCAAAGUUUAAAUCAUAAACGCUACAAACUGUUCAAGUACUGUGCAGGAAUACGUAGAUUAUAUUAAUCAGUUAGAACAAGAUGAUAAAAGUACUUUUAUGAAGCUAUAUGUUUCAUAGAAUUUUAUACUUUUAAAUGGCAAUGUUUAGAAUAUAUUUUCUUAUAUAAUAAAGGGAAUUAAUAUUAUUUAUUCAUUAAUUGAUUAUCAACAUCAUGUUAUAUGUAUGUAUACAUAUCAAUGUAUCAUUUAUCUAGUAAAAUCAAAUUUUUAUAGUUCAAUAUUAUCUUUAUUACGAAACAUAUAAUCUAUACAUACUAUACAUAGUGUUUCGGAUUUAUGAGUUUUAAUGUCUUUACAAUAUUGCUCUUAAAACGUUGGUAAUUAAAUAUAAUCUAAGUACUUUCUUUUGUGACCAAAUUUUAUAUUUUUGUGUUUGCUUAUAUUUGUAUGACUGAAUGCAUUGAUUUGUUAAUCAUUCAAUUGAUUUAUUUGGGGAGUUGAGUGAUUAAUUAAUCAAUUCUUAUUUAUUGAGUGACUGUGUGUGCAUGCUUUGUUUUGUUUGUUUUGAGUUUAACGCCGUUUUUCAACAGUAUUUCAGUUAUGUAACGGCGGGCAGUUAUCCUAACCAGUGUUCCUGGAUUCUGUACCAGUACAAUGCACGUUAAACACGCCUUCACCUACUUUAUGUGAAAAAUGGGCUUUCUGUUUUGAAUAAAUAUCAUAAAGCAAUAUAUUUCAUCUUGUUAUUUUGUCAUUUGCAAGGUAAAAUAAAGGUUUCUUCUUUUAUCAUGAGUAGUGGGUGCAAGUCCCCACCUGGAACAGAUGAAACAUUAUUUUCCUGU